AUGUCAAACCCAUCUACGAACUUUUUUUUCCCCCAAUCCAAUACAUUGCAGUCGGCAGAAAGGUGAUCGCCGAAAGAAAGUGUGUUCCUAUUCCUAAAAAAUGGCCAUCACGAAAGUUACUUCCGAGGAUCAGUACAAGCAACUGAUCAGUGCCGCAACAGUGUCGGUGGUGCUGUUUUCGGCGGAAUGGGCCGAACAGUGUAAACAAAUCACCGACGUUAUGACCGAACUAGCUAAACAGACGGAGUACAAAACGCUACAGUUUCUGGAUGUGCCGGCGGAAGAUCUUUCCGAGCUUUCCAUGCGCCACCAGAUCGAUUCCGUACCGACGGUGCUGUUUUUGCGCGCAGGGAAAGCUAUUGAUCGCAUCGACGGUGUGGAUGUGGGAUCACUGACGAAGAAAGCGAAACAAUAUGCCUGCGCUAGCUCUUCACCAUCCGGCGACGGUGGGGCGGCUAAUCUGGAGCAGCGGCUGAAGGCACUCAUCAAUCGGUCCAAGGUGAUGAUCUUCAUGAAGGGAGACCGCAAUACCCCACGCUGUGGUUUCUCCAAGCAGCUGAUAGCAAUCAUCAACGACACCGGCGUCGCGUACGACACGUUCGAUAUUCUGACUGACGAAGCUGUACGACAGGGGCUGAAAACGUUUUCCAAUUGGCCUACGUACCCGCAAGUCUAUGUGAACGGCGAGCUUAUCGGCGGACUGGAUAUCAUCAAGGAGCUGCUGGAAGGUGGUGAACUAAAGGAAACGUUAAAUCCCUAGACAAGCGCGUUGCGCACGAUACAAAGGACGGUACGGAUUUCGUUUCGUUUGGUUAAUUUAUUAUUGCGUAAAUGCAGCGUCGGAUUCCAACGCUUAACUAAGGCGCGGUGUAAAGAUUUGUUGAAUGAAGGUACCCGAACGAAGGAAAUGAAUCAGUGGAAAAAGAAACAGAAGUAAAUAAUAAACCAUCGGGCUUUGGUUUUGCUUACAUGAGUA